AUGAAGUUGAAUAAAGAUUCCAAAUCCGGGUUCCUAAAUGCGGCAGCCCAUUUCCACCAUCCACAGUUACAUAUCCAACUCUACGAACUGAAUAUUUAUCUUCAUUUCAUUCACGGAGGCCCUGAGAUAAGAGACCAGACUUUCGGCCAUACUUGGUAUUCCUUGAAAUUGAUUGACGUUCUGGAAACAUAUUACAAACCGACUCUCUCAACACUUGGUCUUUUGCUCAAUUCCAUAUCUGUGGCUGUUUUCCUGCACACGGAUCUUAACAGAUUGGCUAUCAGUCAUUAUCUGGUAGCUAUUGGCAUAUUAGACAAUUUCUAUCUCAUCACAGUUAUUAUUCCUUGGUUAUCCCGAUAUGGCGUUGAUCUCUUUACUACUAUGGGUAUUUGCCAGAUUAUUCUGUAUUUGUCGCAUUUCUCCUGUUUUCUAUCUUGCUGGUACAUGGCGCUUUCCAUCAUGCAACGUUGCGCGAGACUCUAUUCUCGUGGCUUGCGUCGAAGGUUCGAAAGCGUCCUCCAGGCAAAGUUCAUUAUCGUACUAGUCGCUGUAUUUGCUGGAGUCGGGUUUCUGCAUGUCACCUGGACCCACGGUGUAGUUGAUGUAAAAAGAAGGAGUGGAAGUUCAAUUAUCACGUCAACCAAGUGCACAAUUUUACCAGAAGAUGCGCCACAAAUGCACGAUCUCAAAAGAGUGGAACUGCUAUUUUCGUUUGUCUUCCCUUGGAUGGUAACCUUUUCAUUCCUGUUCGUAAGACUCUCCCAGUUUUGCACCUGUCCGCACUGGCUCUGUCCGCCAUCCAGCCAGACAAAAUCUGAGAUUGAGGGCAGUGCUGUACUUGCCAAUCCUGUGAGUGGAGCUAUCACUGCCCAGUGGAGUGUGCGGACCUUUGAUCACGUCCCGAAACCGACUACGGAGAACUUGGAUAUCCUCAUGAAUGUGCCCUGCUUGACUAUUACAGCUGUUUUCCUCAUGUCUAGCCUUCCUUAUUUAUCAAUGAUGGUCAUCGUGUGGUUUUUCGAAAAUGGAGAGGAGGAUGAUUUUUUCUUGCCGCUCUUUAGAAAUGUCUACCUGCUGCAUUUCGUGUCCAAGUUUUUCGUUUAUUUUAUGUCCAUUUCAGAAUUCAGGCAGGGCAUUGUGCUUGCUUUUGGCGGGUUGGCUACGCCAGAAAUCAAAAAGGAGAUUGCGUUGCAAUCUAAAAGCUUGCCCCGUGUCAACAGCAAAACUCGAAUGAUCGACACCACUGACUUAUAA